UCCGGGCGGCGGUGUUCGCGCAAGGAGAGCGUGCUCUGAGAACUUGACAUGGCGGCAGCGGCGGCUACUGCGGCGACGAAGGGGAAUGGGGGCGGGGGGGCCCGGGCCGGGGCCGGGGAAGCUGGCGGCGCGCGGAAAAAGAAGGGCCCAGGGCCUCUGGCCACGGCGUAUCUGGUCAUCUACAAUGUGGUGAUGACGGCGGGGUGGCUGGUUAUAGCAGUUGGUCUGGUCAGAGCAUACCUGGCUAAGGGUAGCUAUCAUAGCCUUUAUUAUUCCAUUGAAAAGCCUUUGAAAUUCUUCCAAACUGGAGCCUUACUGGAGGUUUUACAUUGUGCGGUAGGAAUCGUUCCAUCUUCUGUUGUCCUGACUUCUUUCCAGGUGAUGUCAAGAGUUUUUCUGAUAUGGGCAGUAACACAUAGUGUCAAAGAGGUGCAGAGUGAAGACAGUGUCCUCCUGUUUGUUAUUGCCUGGACAAUCACAGAAAUUAUCCGUUACUCCUUUUAUACUUUCAGUCUAUUAAACCAUCUGCCUUACCUCAUCAAGUGGGCCAGGUACACACUUUUCAUUGUGCUGUACCCAAUGGGAGUGUCGGGAGAACUGCUCACAAUAUAUGCUGCUUUGCCCUUCGUCCGACAGGCUGGCCUGUACUCUAUCAGUCUACCUAACAAAUAUAAUUUCUCCUUUGACUAUUAUGCAUUCCUAAUUCUGAUAAUGAUCUCCUACAUUCCACUUUUUCCCCAGUUAUACUUCCACAUGAUACACCAGAGAAGAAAGGUCCUUUCUCAUACUGAAGAGCACAAGAAAUUUGAAUAGCUCCUGCUUCCUGCGCACCCCCAAAAAACAAACUUUUCAAUGACAAAAAAUGCUGCAGACUUUUUGAGUUCCCAAUACGUUUCAUAGAAAAUAAGUAAGAACUAUUUUUAAAAUAUUAAAAAAAAUAAAAACCAAAAUCCAGUGUCACACAGGCCUGGGAUUUUAUUUAAAACAACAGCAACAACAAACAACAACAACAAAAACUAUUACAUAAAACAUCCUGGCCGGUCCAUUUCAGCAUGCUCUUUCAACCAGAAGUUCCCAGUAUUUAUGAUGGUGCUGGAAAGGGAUUUGGCGUUUUAUAUCCUCCUGUUUCCUUCAUGUAUCUGAUAAGUAAAGAUCUGUAAUACUAAAUACUUGAGAGUUACAGUCUGAGUAAGGAAGUUGUACCAGCUGAAUGCCCAGCUUGCAGUAAGAGUUCUGUUCCAGUCUGCAGUGUGUUUCGCAUUCCCUUUUCAAAGUGCUUGACUGCAUGCUGGAAACUGUAUUUUUGAAGCGGCAAACUUUCUUGUCUGGAAUGUUAAGAAGUUAUGGCUGGGAUCUAUCUCCCCCUAUCUAAUGAAUGAAUUAUACCAUGUAUAUGUCCAUGAAGCUUUGGGGUAGUACCUGUAAUCUGAAAACAACUAGAACCCUUUUGUUUGUUUUCAGUUGAGUCGUUGCAGCCUGCCACUGAGAAACGUGCUCGAGUUUAAUAAGUAUGUGUACAUCGUAGAGAACGUAUCUUAUCUAGGGCUCAGCCUCAAUCAUAUUUUAACACAGUGACAGUUCUCAGAAAGGGAAAGCUCAAUUGCCAGUAAAUGACGAGUACCUUUCACCGUGUCAUUCUCAGAACACCUCUGAGUAAUGUAUUUACCCAUAGCUAUUCUCACUUCUGGACCCAAAGCCAGGCUAGUCACGUAAGGGGUAGAGAAUCUGUAAUUGAAAGCACAUGGAAGGUGUUACUUUAGAUAUGUAGACCUGAAGAACAUUUAGGAAUAGGUUUCUAUACCCUUCUUACUUUAUUUUUAAAUGUCCUUCAACUCUUCGGUUAGGAUCCUUUUCCUAAUUACGGUCCUGUGUAAUCCCCACCACCUUGUAAGUCCAGAGGUGGUGAAGUGCCCCAGUCGGGCAGACAUGAGCUAAAAGCGGUUCCCUCUCCCAUGUGUGGGAGCGGCCUAGAAAUACUUUGGUCAUGUGGACCAUAUCUAAUUGCCGUCAUGUUUUCAUACCAUUUAAUUGCUGAACUGUGCAUUUAAGACUCUUGAAGAAAGGGUUGAUGAAAAUGUAAAGCCCAAAUUCAGAUGUGCAUUAAAUUUUAAACACAGAAUGUUCUUUGUGGAUUCUUUUCUCCCCCCGCUUUUUUUAAAUCAUUGAUCUUUAAAAUUUUAAAGGCCUAGCUUACUAGCUUACUGAGUAGUUAUUUAAAAUAUAAUUGCUAAAAAAAAUAAAUAAAAAUAAAAUAUUGCUAAUAUCAGAAGAGUGUCAUAAUGGAAAACUUAUUUUUUAAAUUAGUUUUUAAAUUAUUUUCAUAGAAGCCUGAUAAUGAAGAUGAAAAUGAGAAGAAAGUAUGGAGCCUAAAAAAAAAAA